AUGGUUCCAGUCAUAAAGGAAUUGGCUUUUACUAGUCCACUACUAGUCGCCCCUGGCUUCGCUGCUCCCCUCAACAGGUGCACUGCCGUAUGGGAGACCGUCGCUGAAAUUGCCUUAGAAAGAUUUGACGUAACCACCACCCGAUAUCCCGGCCAAGCCUUUAGCACGGUCCUCUCGAUGGUGAGAACUACCGCUGUCGAGGCUACCCCUACUGCUACUGGUCGAAUGCCGCAGGAAGAAUGGGUUGCACUGUCCACCCACGUCAGUGCUACUAUGCAUGCUACCACCACAGGUUCUACACUCGUUGUGCAGCCUGCUACUGAGCUUAGUUCAAUCUUGUCUGCUCCUGCUGCCACCUCAUUCACUAGCUCCAGCUCCACCGCAAGCUCUGGUUACAAUGGCGCUUGCUCCAAGAUCUCUCCGUGCAUUGGUGAUAUUACCUACUAUGAUACUGCGAACACCACUUCCAAUCCCAGCUCCUGCGGAACGACCAACGAUGGCCUGACUGAGCUUGUCCUUGCCUUACCCCAGGGCAUCAUGACCAAUUCUGAAUGUGGCAAGUCUGUUACCAUCACCUACCACGAUGUCACAAAGACCGGCAUUGUCGUCGACAAGUGUCCUAGUGUUGGCUGUGACAAUAAAUCUGUCGACCUGUCUCGUGCAUUCUUUCAGGCACUAGUUGGCUCUCUCGAUGCUGGUCGUAUUCCAGGCGUCGAGUGGUACAUCAACUAA